ACGGAGAGUUAGCUUCACUUACCUCCCAGUCCACAUAAAACAAACAUGGAGGGAACAAGCAGCACUAGGAGAAAAGCCAUGGCCCGACAACAUAAAGGAGAGGUCAUGAUCGCUGGAGAACAACUCAGGUUGAGGCUACACGAUGAAAAACUGAUCAAGGACCGACGCUACCACCUGCGCACGUAUCCAAACUGUUUUGUGGCACAGGAACUUAUAGACUGGCUGGUGAGCCAUAAGGAAGCUCCAGAUCGAGCAACAGCCGUCUGCCUCAUGCAGCACCUCAUGGAUCAUGACAUCAUUCACCACGUCUGUGAUAAGAGGUCUGUAUUGAAGGAUGCCAAACUGCUAUACCGUUUCCGGAAGGACGAUGGCACUUUUCCCUUCAAUACGGAGGUGAAAAUCUUCAUGCGAGGACAACAACUUUUUGAACAUCUCAUAGGGGAAAAGGACUCUAUUCUGCAGUUGAGACAGGAGCAUGGCGUUGCAUAUCAGCGCUCCUUUCCUGGCUGCCAGUUGAUUGACUGGCUCCUGCAGAACGUAGAGGCAGAGAGCCGGCGUCAGGCUCUGGAUCUGUGCCGCACGUUGCAGGAGAAUGGCAUCAUUCAGCACGUGGCAAAGAAGCAUGAUUUCUUUGACAGUGGAUUGCUGUAUCAGUUCUGCAUCAACUUUCGCCGCAGACGCCGCCUAUCUGAACUGUUAAAUGAGAGUGAACAACACAAUGAAGAGGUGGUGAUAUCGACACAAGAGGACAACCACCUUGAAAGUCCAUUUGUUUUGCACAAAAGUCAACCUCAAGAGGGCCGCAUUGCUUUCCAGUUAGUGGGAUCAAGUAAAGAUCUAAAACAGGUUACCAGUGGGCAUCGAGGCAGCUUGUAUUCCUCUCAGCUUCACUCAGCUGGAUUUCCACCCUUUGUCCAGCUCACUUCAACUUCAGUAAUAUGUAAUCCUAAAUCAGUACUUAGAAGAAGUUACACAUGUGAAGAGUUAUUGGCACCCGGUGCGCCUUUCAUGAAAAAAGUGUUGACGGUGAUAGGAGAUGACCUGGCCUGGGGCUUUGUUGUCAGAGGCAUGGCUCCCUGUUAUGUACAGGCUGUUGACCCUGGAAGCCCUGCAGCCGCUGCGGGAGUUAAGGUGCGGCAGUUUUUGUGCCAGGUGAAUGGACAGUGUGUUCUCUACCUGGACUACAGGACAGUCUCCAGGCUGGUGAUGACAGGGCCUUGCACCGUUGUACUGGAAGUUAUGGAACCACUGGAAUGACAACACAAAAUACUGUCUAGUUCUGUUUUCAGACACACAUGCUUAGUUGGAAUUGAUUCAUUUUUUCCUUUUCCCAAUUACAGAGUAUGGCAGAGUUCUUAUCUUUAUUUUCUGGGGGGUGGAAUCACUGAACAGGGUUAUCUUGGUUGCAGCAAGAGUUAAUGAUUGUGUCUGUAGUGUUUUCAUGCAAUCCUGAGCAAUAAAUGUUAGCUUUUUAUGACAGAAAAUCAGAGGUGGAAAAAGUACUCAGAUCUCAAGUAUUUCAGUAGAAGUAACAGAGUGUAGGAAUACUCUUACAAGUAAAAGUACUGCAAUCAAAAUAUUACUCAA